UCCAAAAUGGCGGUCGACUCGAUCAAAAUGUAAAUUGAAUUUUGUAUUCUCUCUCUAAAUCGAACUGCACUCAAAAUCAUUUGCCUCCAGCCAUUUUUUAUAAGCCCUAAGUCGUAGACCAACGAACAGGGGGAAAGAUUACAGCCCAGAGCAAGGGAAAAAAUUGAGAAAGAUAUUGAGAUUUGACAUUACAUAAGCAUAAGAUCAAGGGAAGAUAAUAUUUUUUGUUUACAAUGUUCAAAAGGGUUUAUUUAACCAUCAGGACAGAAAAAAUACCUGUAACUUGUUCUUUACUUGGACGAACAAGAUGGUUCUCAAGCAAGAAGGAUUUUGUUCCUGAUCAAAUGCAACGCUGGAGUCUGCAUCGAUACGGUGCUGAUGCUCUCGUACUGAACACUGUAGAUACUCCUUUAAUCAAAUCACCAUCGGAUAUUCUUGUUAAAGUCCAUGCAGCUUCUGUUAACCCGAUAGACCUGAGAAUUCGUAAUGGUUAUGGAGUAAAGUUAUUGAAUUUGUGGAGAAAACUCAAGGGUACUCAGGAAUUUCCAUUGAUUUUGGGGAGAGAUUUUUCUGGUGUUGUGGUGAAAACUGGUAGACGAGUGAGGAGAUUCAAGCCUGGUGAUGAGGUUUGGGGUACACCAAGUGUACCAAAUGGAGGAACACAUACUCAGUAUUUAAUAGCACAACAAGAUGAGAUUUCCAUGAAGCCUAGUUGUUUAAGUCAUGUAGAAGCAGCAUCAUUACCCUAUGUGGCAUGUACAGUAUGGGUAGGAUUGAAAAGCAGAGCAGGACUAAAUGAAACUAAUUGCCCUGGCAAAAGGGUCUUGGUUUACGGGGGAUCUGGUGGAAUAGGAACAUUUGCCAUUCAGUUGUUAAAGGCCUGGGGAGCCGAUGUGACCACCACCUGUAGAACAGAUGCCGUAGAACUUGUAAUGUCUCUGGGAGCUGAUCAUGUGAUUGAUUACAAUAUGACCGAUGUUGAAGCUGAGCUUGAAGGCUCUGAAGGGUUUGAUGUCAUCUUGGAUCCAUUUGGAGGCAAAUUUGAGCAGAUGUCAACCAAGCUGUUAUCCCAGUGUACAGGAUCAGUAUACGUUAACCUUGCUCCACCCCUGUUACCCAACACUGAUCGCCUGGGAUUAGGGCUUGGUAUUGUAUCAUCUGGGCAGUCCUUUCUCUCAUCCUUUGCUCAAAAGGCGUUCUUUAAAGGUGGUUCGACAGCAUGGGCGUUCUUUGUCCCCAACCCUGGUGCUCUAGAUCACGUGGCUAGGCUAACAGAAACAGGACAGAUUCGUCCAGUAAUUCAGAGCUUGUUUCCCUUCAACGAGGUCCCUGAAGCAUUUGCUCAGCUAGAGGCUGGCCAUAGUCGUGGGAAAACAGUCAUUCAAGUGGCAGAAAAUGGAGAGACAUGUCUUUGAUACUACGUGCCGAUUGUGAGAAAAUAUUAUAUUGUACAGCAGCGGUUUUAAUGAAAGCUCGUUUCGUAAAGUCACUAGUUUAAGAAAUGAGAAGUAAAAGAGGAAAGCUAU